AUGAUGAAGGACAACAACCUGGUGAGACACCUGGACGCCUGUGAAACCAUGGGCAACGCUACCGCCAUCUGCUCCGACAAAACCGGAACUCUGACCAUGAACCGCAUGACCGUGGUGCAGGCCUUCCUGGGGGACAAACACUACCGGAAGGUUCCGGAGCCCGAUCUGGUCAAUGCCAGCAUCCUAGACCUCCUGAUCGUGGGGAUAGGGGUGAACUGUGCCUAUACCACCAAGAUCAUGUCCCCAGAGAAGGAGGGGGGUUUGCCCCGUCAGGUUGGUAACAAAACUGAAUGUGCCUUGCUGGGCUUCGCCAAAGACCUGAAGCGUGACUACCAGGCCAUCCGCAACGAGAUCCCAGAGGAGAAGCUGUACAAGGUCUACACCUUCAACUCCGUCAGGAAGUCCAUGAGCACGGUGCUGAAGAACGCAGACGGAAGCUUCCGGAUGUUCAGCAAAGGAGCGUCUGAGAUCCUGCUGAAGAAGUGCUCCAAGAUCAUGACGGCCAGCGGCGAGGCCAAGGUGUUCCGGCCGCGUGACCGUGACGACAUGGUGACCAAGGUGAUCGAGCCCAUGGCGUCCGAGGGCCUGCGGACCAUCUGCCUGGCAUACCGGGACUUCCCUGCCUCCGAGGCAGAGCCCGACUGGGACAACGAGAACCACAUCCUGUCCUGCCUCACCUGCCUCUGCGUGGUGGGCAUCGAGGACCCGGUCCGACCUGAGGUACCAGACGCCAUCAAGAAGUGCCAGCGAGCGGGCAUCACCGUGCGCAUGGUGACGGGCGACAACAUCAACACGGCCCGCGCCAUCGCCUCCAAGUGUGGCAUCCUGCUGCCCGGUGACGACUUCCUGUGUAUGGAGGGCAAGGAGUUCAACAGACGGAUACGCAAUGAGAAGGGAGAGAUCGAGCAGGAGCGCAUCGAUAAGAUCUGGCCCAAGCUGCGCGUGCUGGCCCGCUCAUCCCCCACAGACAAACACACGCUAGUGAAAGGCAUCAUCGACAGCACCGUGCUGGAGCAGAGACAGGUGGUGGCGGUGACGGGCGACGGCACUAACGACGGCCCCGCCCUGAAGAAGGCCGACGUGGGCUUCGCCAUGGGUAUCGCAGGCACGGACGUGGCUAAGGAGGCCUCAGACAUCAUCCUGACAGACGACAACUUCUCCAGCAUCGUGAAGGCUGUGAUGUGGGGGAACGUGUACGACAGCAUCUCCAAGUUCCUGCAGUUCCAGCUCACCGUCAACAUAGUAGCUGUUAUAGUGGCCUUCACUGGAGCCUGUAUCACUCAGGACUCUCCUCUGAAGGCGGUGCAGAUGCUGUGGGUGAACCUGAUCAUGGACACGUUUGCCUCCCUGGCCCUGGCCACCGAGCCCCCCACCGAGUCUCUGCUCCUGAGGAAGCCCUACGGCCGCAACAAGCCGCUCAUCUCCCGCACCAUGAUGAAGAACAUCCUGGGCCACGGUGUCUACCAGCUCACCAUCAUCUUCACACUGCUGUUCGUGGGUGAGAAGAUCUUCGACAUAGACAGUGGCAGGAACACGCCCCUGCACGCCCCUCCCUCUGAGCACUACACCAUCGUGUUCAACACCUUCGUCAUGAUGCAGCUCUUCAACGAGAUCAACGCCCGCAAGAUCCACGGGGAGAGGAACGUGUUCGACGGCAUCUUCAACAACCUCAUCUUCUGCUCCAUCGUGUUCGGCACCUUCAUCAUCCAGAUCGUCAUUGUGCAGUUUGGAGGCAAGCCGUUCAGCUGCGUGGGGCUGUCCAUCGACCAGUGGCUCUGGUGUGUGUUCCUGGGCUUCGGCUGCCUGCUGUGGGGUCAGCUGAUCUCGUCCGUACCGACCAGCCGGCUGAAGUUCCUGAAGACGGCAGGUCACGGCACCCAGAAGGAGGAGAUCCCGGACGAGGAGCUGGAGGACAUGGAGGAGAUGGAGGAGAUCGACCACGCAGAGCGGGAGCUGCGUCGAGGACAGAUCCUCUGGUUCAGAGGCCUCAACCGCAUCCAGACUCAGAUGGAUGUAGUGAGUGCGUUCCAGAGUGGAACUUCCUUUCAGGGGGCUGUGAGGCGUCAGCCCUCCAGCGCCAGUCAGCAGCAGCACGAUAUCCGGGUGGUGAAUGCAUUCCGUAGCACGUUGUCCCCCUACGAGGGGCUGGAGAAGCCUGAGUCUCGUAGCUCCAUCCACAACUUCAUGACCCACCCGGAGUUCCGGAUCGAGGACUCCGAGCCCCACAUCCCCCUCAUCGACGACACCGACGCCGAGGACGACGCCCCCACCAAGCGCAACUCCGCCUCCCCGCGCAACGCCGCGCCCACCCCGCCUCCCCCGCAGUCACCCACCCCUGACGGGGAGCCCGCCUCGCCCGCCACGGCCCCCGCGCCCGCCACGCCCGCCUCGCCCAACCAGAACAAUAACGCCGUGGAGAGCGGCAACCACCUCGUCCCGGACGCGGGGAAGUCGGAGAUGCCCUCCGCCCCCGAGAGCCCCAUACACAGCCUGGAGACGGCACUCUGAUCCUGCCCUCUCGUCCAGCCAUCAGCACCCCGACCAGCCCCACUCAGCCAUUCUCCCUCCCCCACCCGGAGCUCGCCUCGGAGAUCCUGGGAGGGAGGUGAGACGGAGGGGAGGAGAAGAGAGACGGACGGGAGGAGAGCUCAGAGUCUUCGGUGAGCUUAGCUUGUGCAGGACGAAAACGAAAGCAAACAUUCGUGAGAAUGUAAGGUUUGGUUCGGGUCUUUUUUUCUUUUUUUCUCUUCUUCUUAAAUCCUCCUUCGCAUCACAAGAGGCCUCUGCCUCCACUCCCUCCUCCAUCAGGCGUUUUCUCUGCGAAAGAGGGCUGAUUAUAAACUAGGAUUGAAAGUGACCUGUUUUUUUGUUUGUUUUUGUAUUAUUAUUAUUAUGUUAUUUUAAUGAGAAGGGGAUGAUCCUUCUUGUGGCUUGAAGAUCAGCUGUAUGAAUUUUAACCUUAUGACCUUUUGAGCUUCUCUUUAUCUGAAUGGUGUUGUAUAUUUAUCUCAUUGGCCCUUGUUCAUUCAGAAACUUCUGCUCUCAUUGGCUGUUAAUAUUUUGAAUUAUUUAUGUUUUUGGAAAAAGCAGGUGUGUUUACAAAGUUUGUAGAUACUUUUUUUCUGUUUGUUGGCAAAAGAGCUUCCUGGUGUGUGAUGCAGAGAAACGUAGGCGGAGUCAGAAUGGAAUGGGAGGACUGUUUCAGUUACUGCUGUAUUUUCAGGAAAAAGGGUGUUUCUAUUGAAACUGAACUAUUUUUGCCUGCAAGUUUUAUUUGUUACAUAUUUGUAGAUAGAACCUUCUAGCCAAACAGAUAAACACUAAGGCUUCUAUAGCAACGAACCCAUGUGGGGCGGGUGUUCCAACAGGAUAGAGCAGAGGUUAAAAGAACUGGAUGUCUGUUAAUUCACCUUUCUAUAAAUAUUUACAACUUUGCUUUAGCAGUUCAAAGUUCCGUUUUGUCACAUUGGGAAGCUUGUGAAGUUGUGUUUCACGUUUCAUCCAUUCAAAGAGUAAAGGAGUGUUUUGGAUUUCGUUUUUUUUUUAUUCUUCACAUGGAGAGUUUCGUUCAUGAAGGGAGUUUGGAAGACAGUUGAUCAUCACAUUGAGAAUCAUUUCUGUUAUUCUUAUUUUCUUUUCUUUUCUGUUUUUUUUCUUCUGUUUUCCUCACUCAGCGAAACGUCAGUCCCUGCCAAUGUACAAUAUCAACAUUUGUUUACUCAGGCUUUGAAAAGGAAUUAAUUUGAAAGGAUUCUAUAAAUUAAAGAAAGAACCUUUUAACUUCAAAUUGUAUGUCUUUAGGUAGUAAAAUGUUGUCUUGGUCAGAAAAAGCAAGUGGAUUAUUUUCAUAUUUUAUUUAAUUCUCUCUUUAAGUUUUCUUUUAAAGAAAACUUACAUUUCCCCUCAAGAGUUAUGGUUUGUUGACCUUUCAAAAAUCUAAAACCCCAAAAAAAUAAGUUUGUACUUUUUCCUCCUUUUACAGUCAUAAGAUGUUGCUGCAUUUGAUUUGUUUGUAGACGAUUUUGACACCUGAUGUACUGGAAACACUUAAGGAUUGACACAUGCAUUUUUAAAGAAUAAAAAGGAAUAGGAAUACAUUGGUAUCUGCACAGGGUACUUUAUUUCCUAACUCGUCCCUUAAGAAGAUUUUGAUACAGACAAACCAUAACAAAUUGUAACUUUUUGUAUUUUUAUGAAGAAGAAAAAAACCUAGUACCGGAAUUUUGGGGAUUUGACACAAAUUUAGAGGAACGUUUCUGUAGGGGAUGAUUUAAAAGGGGUGUGAUUUGUUCUGACAGGAAUAUUUUUCUCAGGGUGGCGAAUGGUUUGAAAGAGAAAGGGGGCUUUUUGUACGGGCCUGGGGUCAGAAAACAAACUCUCUUUAUGUUGGGAAUUAGCUUGUCUACCAAAGGAUUUGUGUAGGGAGCAAAUUCUGACAACCUGAAUAGCGAUCUCAUCUGCACUAAAGUGAGGAGUUGGCCUAAAGAUGGGAACUGAAAUAAAGGGACAGGUUCUGUAGUUGGUUCAAUCACAGUAAUAUUUAGAGGAAUACGUUGUUUUUCCUUGUGUUUUACAGAUUUAAAAAAAGCAGCUUGAGAUUGCAAAACAAAAAAUGAGAGAAAUGGAAAGAAAUAAAGAAUUUAUAUAAGAAGUUCAUUCUGUAGCUUCUUCCUGUAACGGGAAUGAAUGUUUAUCCAUCUGUUUAAUGGAUUUUUUUUCUUUUUUUUUUUUUUACAUUUGGAAAUAAAAAGUACUUAAUGUCUUUAUCUUGAGCAAUUUAAAUAGUUAUCGUGAUUGGAUUUACAUUUGAAACUUGUCGAGUAAUGUGUAUGGUUUUUAAAAAUAAAAAAUGAAUAUUUAGCCUACAC